CUUGAGCUGAAAUACCAAAUACACCACAAAGCACAUACAUUGUAUCUGAAUAACAAAGACAUGGCAUCCAUAUGUGAACAAGUCAUGGAAGGUAAAAUAUCAUGGCCGGAGUUGGUCGGGGAGGAUAGAGAAUGUGCGGUAAUCACAAUAGAAAAAGAAAAUGCAUUGGUUAAUGCAGAAACUAUUGUCGAAGGAACGAUAAUACCCGAGAUAUACAUAUGUGAUAGGGUUCUUGUUUGGAUAAAUGAAAACGAUAUUGUCGUAAGUACCCCUAUGGUUGGCUAGGUAAAAAUAUGUGUACUCUUUCUUUAUUUACUAGUGAAGUUUGUAUCUUAAAAAAUAAAGAUAUGUAAAUAUAUCAUGUAGUUAUGUUGU